UCGGUUGUCGUCGUGUUUUUAAACACACUUUGUGUUGGUUUAAUGGUAUAUUUAUGUACUAUAGUUUGUAAACAUACUCAAUAUGUGAUAUUUAAGAUAUCCAUUAUGUUUAUGAUAGAGUAGGCGUACUAUAGCAAAGGGUAGUUUCACAUUCGUUGGUAACAACUAGUAUCAAUUGAGACUCCACAAACGCGUUCUAAGAAAGCUAGAUGCAGCGCAACGAAUAUAACAGAACUCCGGUGUCUCGAGACACGUUUCUUUUAACUUGACACGGAGUUCUGCGCGAGCUGCGGCGCAGGCGUUUACAUUGUUGAGAUAAAAAAUCAGCGCUAAUUCGUUCGUCCGCUGAGAAUGAUGGGUGUGAAUCUGUAAGUUAGUUUAUUACUAUUACCUUAUUAUUUAUGGAACGACUAUUCCGGUCCUUGAUUAAACCCGGAUAACUUAUCAGAUAAAGAAGAAGCGUUGUAAAGUAAGUUAUCAGCUUAUUCGCAGUGAUGUCUGUAGGGCCAUGUAGCGCAGAAAUUCAGCAGCGGCGGUUGGAGCUCGUGGACAACCACAGCGAACACUUGACGCGCCUUCUUGACUUGCUGUUCAACGUGGGUGCCGUGACCGAGGAAGACCUCAGCCUCAUUAGGGGUUCAGCUCUCAAAGGUGAGAGAGAGUGCAUGCGAGUUCUUCUGGAUGUGCUCAAUGGAAGAGGUGAAGAAUCAUGCAGGGCUUUCCUCUACUUACUACCAAGCGUUCAGGAAGAAUCAGCCUCAGCAACAAAACCAGGACAGACCAGGAAGCAAGACCACCUGAAAAAGCACAAAGACAUCCUGGCUAGACAGCACUGUGCGGUGGACUAUCUAAACAUCAGAGGUCUGAAUUCAGAGCAGACUAAGAUAGGAUGCUUGACGGAUAUUACAUUCUCAAGACAGACUGGCUAUGCAUCACCCUUGCAGUGCCGGCAUGAGGCCUCAGGAGUGGGUGAUGCUUUCAGGACAAGGGGGGAUGAGGUUGGUAGACAAGAUGAGAGCUGUGUUUUCAGGGACGUGUAUGAGAAUCUGCUGUCUAACAUAGCGAGUGGGGUGAAUAUGCUGUCCGGAAUUGCUGGGAGUGGGAAAACCACGCUUGUGAGACGGCUGGUGCAAGAGUGGGCUGCCGAAAGCAACUCGACCAAGAUUAUCCUAUCUCUGUCAUUUCGUGAGUUAAACCUUAUAACUCAGGAGCAAAGCUUGCAGGAGCUGUUGACUGAUCACUACAGCCACUUGAAACCCAUUCUGGUAGAUUUACUCACCUCAACCCCAGCAGUGUUUUUACUCAUUUUAGACGGACUUGAUGAAUUCUGUUACCAUCUUAAUUUCGAAAAUACUCCCAAGUGCUCAGAUCCUGAGCGGGUGCAGCCUAUACAGGCCAUUGUGGUAAAUUUGAUCAAGGGGAAUCUGCUUCCAGGUGUGUCCAUAUUCCUCACCUCCCGGCCUCAUGCUGUCUCCAAAGUGCCUCCUGUGCUGAUCAGUCAGUUUUACAGUCUGCUGGGCUUCUCCGUAGCUCAGCAGAAGCAAUACUUUGAGCAGAACUGUGAAUCUCCUGAAACUGCUGCUGCAGUGUGGGCCUCGGUAUCAUCCCAUAAACCCCUUCUCCUUAUGUGCCACAUUCCGGCAUUCUGCUGGAUUGUGUCCACUGCUUUGCAUGAUGGUGGCUCCUGUCUUUGUCUUGACACUGUAAGUGCCAGGCCAGGAAAAAGAGGAUUACGCAAUGAGGAAGCAAACCGACGAAACACUUCAUUGGGACCUAAGGAGUUAACAAACACCAACUUGUCCCAGGAGACCUCAAAACCAGUCACCAUCACUGACAUCUACUGUUGCUUCAUCAAAUCCAUCUUGCUGUUCCAUGUGCAGGGGCGUACAGAGUGUUCUCAUCUCACCAGGCUCCAACAUGCUCCUCACAUCCUUGGCGAAAUGCAGCCUUUUCUAAAAAGCUUGGGAGCCAUGGCCUUCAAAGGUCUAUUGGAGAGACGGUUCAUCUUUGACAGCUCUGAUUUGAACUCCUUUAAUUUAGGUAGUUCUAAGCUCUCACAGGUAUUCCUCAUAGAGAUUCUUAAAGAGGAUCGAGCCUCCCUUACCUUUGAAAAGGGCUACCAUUUCAUCCACACCAGUGUGCAAGAGUUCUUGGCUGCCCUGUAUUAUGUUUUUCAGUCUAUCUCAGGAUCAGAUCCAUUUUCAGGCCUCAAAUCAACCACGGGUCGCUAUUUCCUGUCUGUUUGUAAGCAUAUGGUGUCAUCUGUUCAUAAGUUUGGCAGACCACACCGUCUCUUCAGAAGAUGCAUAAAGAAGGCUCUUCGUUGUGGGGAACGACAUCAGUCUGGACACAUGGAUCUGUUCUGCAGGUUUGUAUGCGGUCUGUUGGUCCCUAGAACACGCCUAAUCUUAAAUGGAUUUUUCCCUGAUGGACCCCGGACACAUCUUCUCUUAUGCACACCCUCUCCAGGUCCAACUCCUCCUUUCCUUCUCCAUCUGUUACACUCCCAGCUCCAGAGCUCCACCCUCAGCCCAGAAAGGCAGGUCAACGUGUGUCACUGUCUUUACGAGGUCCAAGACCCUGGUUUGUCACAACGGCUACAGGGCUGGAUGAAACUCCUUUCACAGCAGGCUUCAAAUCAGUGUGGCUCUGUGAGCAGAGAGUGGAGCGAGCUGGCUUUCCUGUUACAGCUGAGCCCAGACCUGCAGUUUCUAAAACUGGAUGCACAAGGACUCAAUGCUGAUGGGCUCCGCAGGCUCUUACCAGUUCUUCCUCUCUUUUCAACACUCAGUGUGCAACAGAAUCCUCUUGGCCCAGAGGGGUCGGCUGUGCUAUCCCUUGCUUUGCGAAAUCCAGAUUGUUGCAUUCAGAGGCUGUGGGUGGUCGCGACAGGGCUUGGCUGUGAAGGCCUGAAGAUUCUUGCAGAAGCACUAAAAGAAAAUCGUACUGUGACUGACCUCAGAAUGGCCAUCAAUAAAAUUGGAGAUGUUGGAGCUGGCUUUCUUGCAGAAUUGUUGAGGACAAAUUGCACUUUGACAGAUAUCAGACUUCGUGACAACCAUGUAACAGACAAAGGAGCUGAACUCCUCAUGGUGGCCCUAAAGGAGAACACUACAUUAAAAUACCUGUGGAUGUUUGACAACAAGUUUUCCAAAGAGGGUGUCAAGAAGCUGAGAGAAUUUUCAAAGAGCAGACCUAAUCUUGACAUUAAAGUUUGUGACUGAUCCACAAUCAACAUACCAGGGAGGAAUAUUAAGGAUCAUGCUUUUCUUGCAAUUCAUCGGUUGCCUGGUACAGCAGUCACUCAUACACAUGACUAAUACAGUUGCUCAUUGGUCCUGAUAUAUUACUUGGAAUGCAUAUGUUUAAUGGACGCAAUCAGAAGCUGAGUUCGGAAUGGUAUACUACCAUACUACUUUUACUAUUUGUGCCUUAUUUAUAUGGCAUGUCCGAACUUAGCCAGAAUCUCCAGGUUUGACAGAAUCACUCAGGAUACUACUGCCCUCUACUGGAAUUUAAUGGAGAAUUCGCUACGUUUUUGUAUGGUACAUUGCAUUCAUACCACUGGAAUUUAUCAACAUUAAUGUACUAAGAACUGUCUACAAUAAUUCAGGCACUUUAUAGGCCUACCUUUUAGACUAUUUAGACCACUUCCCCAAAAGACUGGAUUGCUAGAAUUUAUUUUAUGAAAGAUGAAUUGCUUUCUUUUCAUUAGCAAAUCUGUUAAAGGUUUUGACUGAAGCUUAUGUAAUGUUUUUUUUUUCUUUUUUUAACUUGCAUUCUUUAUCUAUUCUGCUCUAGUGUUUCUUUCCAGUUUUCUGGUUAUAGUGCCACAAUCAAUCUCUGCUAUGGUUUAUUGCCCAUUUUUGUGGGCUCUUUACAGGCAGAGCUCAGGGCUCCACUUUGCAUCUAGACUUUACAUGCUUCUUAUACAGAACUAAAAAUGUACGUGUAACAUACACAAAAAACAGAGAGGGUCAUAUGUUGCACUUUGGUUAGUCAAUGCUUUUUAAGCUGACAAGGUAAUCAACUAAAUCACUAUAAUAUCAGUGAUUAACCUCACUAAAAUCACAAUAAGUGUUGUAACUGUUUAAACAAAAGAAAACAUUUCAUUAUGAACACAGCCUUCCUAUAUUAAUUAUGUUGUUGAUUUGUACGCCAAUAGUACUAUAAGAAUAGUGUUCAAAACAUACGUCCAUCUUAAAUGUAUAACUUCAUAUACAUGUCAAAAUGUAGCACAAGAGUAAGAAGUAAUUGCAGUGAUACUGUAUUUGCAGAAAGCUUAAAGUUUUAGUAACAAAAUGCUCAUGCAAUUUUUUUAUCAUGUAUAAUUUUUUUAAAUUUUAAUAAUACCAACAAUGCAGAGUAUGUGUGUUAUUAAGCAGUCGUUUAAACUAAAAUGUAAUGUACAAACGAGUGUUCAGUAAACUAAUUUAAGUGAAUUGUGAAGCAUUUACCCAUGUUCCCAUUGAUCAUGGUAUAAAUACUGGGGGAAUCUAUGCCCUUGGAUUUAAUGUAUUCUCCAGAUUCCAUUACGUUAUGCAAUGGAGUCUGUGAUAUGUCAUUUCUGCUACAGUAAGUUGCAUUGCUGCAGGUGUCUGAUUCCACACCUACUGCCUUGAUGUGA